AUGCUUAGACAAUCAUUCAAAUCCGUGGCUAGAAGAAACUUCUCUUCUGCUGCUAUUGCCAGAAGCUACGCUGAUACCAUCCCAAACCUCAAGGUUAAUGCUGACACCAAGGUCAUCUUCCAAGGUUUCACUGGGAAACAAGGUACCUUCCACGCCACACAAGCCAUCGACUACGGUACCAAGAUUGUUGGGGGUACUAACCCAAAGAAAGCCGGCACCACUCACUUGGACUUGCCAGUUUUCGCCACUGUUGAUGAAGCUGUCAGACAAACCGGUGCCACUGCCUCCGGUAUCUUUGUCCCACCAACCAUUGCUGCCGCUGCCAUCGAAGAAGCCGUCGCCGCUGAAGUCCCAUUGGUUGUGUGCAUCACCGAAGGGAUUCCACAACAUGACAUGUUGAGAGUUCAAGACUUGUUGAAGACUCAAUCAAAGACCAGAUUAGUCGGUCCAAACUGUCCUGGUUUGAUCGCCCCAGAACAAUGUAAGAUUGGUAUCAUGCCUUCCAGAAUCCACAAGAAGGGUAAGAUUGGUGUCGUUUCUAGAUCCGGUACCUUGACUUACGAAGCUGUUGACCAAACCACCAAGGUUGGUUUGGGUCAAUCCUUGGUCAUCGGUAUGGGUGGUGAUCCAUUCCCAGGUACCAACUUCAUUGAUGCCUUGACUUUGUUCUUGAAUGACCCAGAAACCGAAGGGAUCAUCUUGAUUGGUGAAAUUGGUGGUUCCCAAGAAGAAGACGCUGCCGAAUUCUUGAAAUCUUACAACUUGACUAGAGACGUUCCAAAACCAGUGGUUUCCUUCAUUGCUGGUCUUACUGCUCCACCAGGUAGAAGAAUGGGUCACGCUGGUGCCAUCAUCGCCGGUGGUAAGGGUGAUGCUAAGUCUAAGAUUGCCGCUUUGCAAUCUGCCGGAGUUAUCGUUGAACAAUCUCCAGCCAGAUUGGGUGCUUCUCUUUACAAAGAAUUCAUCAACAAGGGCUUGCUCAAAAACUAA